GAAAGCAGAUCGGAGGCGAGCAGGAGUCGGAGGAGAGACGCUGUUUACUUCACUUGAUGAAGGCUCUUUUUACUCACUUUUUCAACAACUUUAUUCAAGUCGGAGACAACCAACAUGCUUUAAAUUCCUGCCUUAACGUGUUUUCAAAUCGGCAUAAACUAAAGCUUCUUGGGUGCUCGCCAUGGGGAGCUUUAAGGGCCACGCGCUACCCGGAACCUUCUUCCUGCUGGGCGGGCUCUGGUGGACGGCCAAGUUCUCGCUGUGGCACGCCACUCGCAGGAACAGGAACAUCGGCUCCACGCGACUCACCAGCCGGGCGUCACAGCGCCGCCUGGAGGUGGUGGAAUGUUCCCUCAUCCUCUUCUUCUCUUUUGUGGGCAUGCUUGCAGAGCAGUUCCUGUCAGACGGGCCACACCUGCAGCUGUAUGACUGGCCAGCGAAGCAGUGGAAAGAUGUGAUGAACUGGCAGCACGCCACCAUGUAUCUGUUCUUCGGGCUGGCAGGGGGCGUGUCCCUGGUGGUGCACACCACGGACGCCAUGCCGCUGGCACUGGACAGGCUGAUGAUGGCGCUGGCCUUCUUCAACGAAGGGUUCCUCUUCCUCUACCACCUGCACGGCAGGAGGCUGCUGGACGUGCACCUGCACACGCUGCUGCUCUACGCCGUGAUGGGCGGAGCCUGCGUCUGCUUCCUGGAGCUCUUCCAGCGAGGCAACGUCCUGCUGGAGCUGCUGCGCUGCGCCCUCACGCUGCUGCAGGGCAGCUGGUUCUGGCAGAUCGGCUUCGUGCUCUACCCUCCCGGGGGCCCCGCCUGGGACCCCGAGGACCACGGCAAUGUGAUGUUCGUCACCAUGUGCUACUCCUGGCACCUCGCCUUCGCCCUGCUGCUUGUGGGCGUGGUCUACUGCGCCGUCGGCUGCGCGGUGCGCUCCCGACUGAAGAAGACCCCGCCGGUGGAAAUGGGCCUGCUGAAGCCCAGAGACAAGGAGGCCGAGUCCGAGGAAGAGGUCUUGUGACCAGGACGCCCGUCUGGCGGCGUCCUUCCACUUCAGGGAUCCAGGGUGAGCCGCAAGAAGCGACCAGGAAGCAAAGGGACGAAUUUAAUAUGCUUGAAAAAAUCACUUCUUGGAGGUGUGACGGCACACGCCAUCUUGGGGCCAGUAUUUGUUUGUAUUGUUUACCUACCACACCACCUGCCUGUGUUUGUCUCACGCCAUCUUAGCUUAUUUUAUCUUAGCUUAGCGUCUUCAAAGUGUUCCAAUGUUAGAGGAAGUAAACACACGCACUUUACUUGACCAAAUAUCUUGUUUUCAUGUGUGUCCUUUUGUUGUUUAUGAAUAAACAUCCCAUUCAAACACGGCUCCAAACAUUUGAUGUCAAGCAAACGGUUGUAAGGCGGAGUUUCUAAACAUGUGUUCCUCAGUUGUAAUACACGUUUCCACCACUUGUGGCAGUAAUGACAACAUCACACAAACAGAAGAAGUCGGGAGAUAAAGUCUCAAGUGCAAAAAUUAUGACUAAAAUGGUAAAAGUGUAUUUUCAUCCGCGCUGUAAUUUUAUCGGCAGUUGAUUUCAGAAACGUAUUUACUUUAGCGCUACAUGAAUGUAUUUUUAGUCAUUUAUUUUUGAGUCCCUUGCUACUUAUUUUCCCAGUCGGCCUGAGCUAAGCCUAAAGGUUGACGUGUUACAUGAAAAAUAAUAUUUGUCAUUUGACAAGCAUGUAAAGUGUAAGUGUGUCAGAUAUAUGAUCGUUG